UUCUUGUAUCUGAAUGGAGGGGUUGGGACUUUCCUGGGUAUUUCCUGGAGAGAGAAAAGCAAAAGGGGAAGCCCUCCUGGAGAUAUCCCUAGUUCCUACCCAUUUGCCCUCUCCUUGCUUUUCCUGGGAUGCCUGCAACCAGGGAGGGAGGGAAAGAAACCCUAAAGAAGCCCCAGAGCGAUGGGACAAAGGGAUGCGGAGGCGGAGCAGCGAAGGAGGGACUUCGACAGCAGACAGAUCCCUUUCCCCUCCUCUUUCAGCCUCCUUUUCCCUUUUCGAGGCAGGGAAAGAGGCUCAAGUCCAAUGCUGGAGGGAAACAGCGAGAUCCUUGUUUCAAAGCUCUGCUUUUGGGGGGUUGCUUCCCCAUCCGGAUGGGAUGGAGAGUAUAUAAAAUUCACUUCUUACAUUCGUCAUCACAUCUUUCUCUCAACUGUGGAUUCAUAGUGCCUUCAACCUCCAGUUGGUCCUGAUCAAGAAAUGCAAUUAUCGAGCUGAGUUUUUGCCUGCUGUCAUAUCCUACAUUCUCGUGUCUCUCCUUGCUUGGAUCUUUGCAGAAAGUGGCAACGAACCUGCAGAUCUCCAGAACGCUUGCAACCUUUAUGGUCAUGAGGCCUAGAUUUUUAAUUGUGUCAGUGUUUCUGUGCCUCUUGCUACAUGAGGUGGGUUCCCAGGACCAUAUUGUGACCCCAAAGGGGAGAGUACACAGCCUCCUGAUCAAUGAGGUCAAUUCGGAUAAUCCAGGGGAGGACACAGUUGAGUACUUGGAACUGUAUCACAUCAGCGGCCAGCGAGUUCCUUUGGACGGCUACGCCUUGGUCUUCUACAACGGCAAUGGCAACACAGCUUACAACGUGAAAGAUCUGAGGGGCAUUUUCACCAAUGACCAAGGUUUCCUUCUCCUCGGAUCUGCGGCAGUGGUCCCAAAGCCGAGAGUCAUCCUGCCAAAGAACUCUAUCCAGAAUGGGCCCGACGCGAUUGCUCUCUAUUUUGGGAGAAGAGACCUUCAUAACGGCAUGGAGGUUACCAGUGAAGGGCUGGUGGACGCUUUGGUGCACAAGUCUAAAAAGAGCGACAGAGCAGACGAGUUGGUCUCAGUUUUGACCCCGGGAGUGGAGCCCUUCCUGGAGGACCCUCUUUUCCGGACUGCAGAUGAAUCCCUGGAGAGGUGCCAAGGGGCCGAUGCCCAGUGGUUCUUCCAAGUGUCUGUGCCUACCCCCGGCUUGGAUAAUCACUGCAUCCCCUUUGCCCAGCUCAAUGCAUCCUUUCUAGUGAUCAAUGAGGUCAACAUUGCAUUUGCUGAAGGAAGUUUUGGGUUUGUGGAGCUGCAGGGCCCCCCUUCCACUGUGGUGAAAGACGUGGUGCUGGUUAUGAUUGAUGGGAGGAACCAAGAAACUUCCUUUGUCUGGGAGGUCCACGGCAAAACAUCCCCUGAUGGGCUGUUGCUUCUUGGUUCAGACCAAACAGGCAUUCCAGCUGACGUGGUGCUCCCCCACAACUUGACUGGCCUCCGCUGCAGAACAACUGCUGAUGUCAAUGCCGUCGCUCUUUAUAAGGGGAGCGCCAGCAGUUUUGCUGUCGGAAAGACUGUGUUGGCCGCAGACCUUCUGGAUGCCUUCAUUUACACCUGUGGGAAUGCCAGCUCAAAGCUGCAAGACAUCUUGACCCCUGGGAAAUCCCCAUUCCGUUUGGGAGAGCAAUCUUUGCAUAAUGAUACAUCUGUAAGCCGCUGCUCCUGUUGCUCUCUCACCCGCGAUCCCUCCACCUUUGCUGUCAGCAAGCCCACAGCUGGGAAAUUCAACGACUGUCCCAAGAAGCGCUUUGGCCGAGAGAUUUCCUUCUGCCUUCAAGUCUCGGAUUGCCAGCAAGGGUCGCCAGGAAAAAGCGAGGUCCUGAUAUUUUUGGCCGAGGCUGUAUCUGAAAAAUGCAAUUGUCAUGUUCAUUCUAAUUCUUCCCAAGACCGCCAGCAACAGACCUCGGAGAAAGGAGCAGUACCAAAGUAUCUGGGCAAAGAGCAUGACUGUGAAAUAUCUCCUCCUUUCUUCAAAGAUGCUGUUGUCACAUGCCAGGGCACAGAGCUGGUCUUCAGCGCUCUCCUGACUGCUAGGUCGGCUGCCCAGCAGGACAUCUUGAUGCAGGCCUUUUCAGGAGUCCUAAAUACAGAAAAGGAGAUGAGCUUUGGAAGGUGGAACUCCAUGGUGUUGAAGGCUUGUCUGCCUAAGACAAAUGGGAGCACUACCCCACCAGGAGUAACGCCAGCAGAGCCAAGGACCACAGAAGCACCUCCACCAGUGCUGCUUAUUAAUGAAGUGAAUCCAGACAACCCAGGAAAACGAGAGGACGCAGAGUACAUUGAGCUCUUCUAUCCAGGAAGAGUUCGACCCUUUGAGCUCUGGAACCACUGGCUCGUCUUCUACAAUGGCAAGAACAACUUGGCAUACCAGGUGAUCAACCUGGGGGGACACCGUACCGAUGCGCGGGGCUAUUUCCUGGUGGGGAGUGCCGGAGUGACCCCCAAGCCUUCGAUUGUCCUGCGGGAUAACACCAUUCAGAACGGAGCAGAAGCCGUGGCCCUCUACCACAGUCCUAACGCCAUCUACAAAAUGAACAUGGAAGUUACCACCGAAGGGCUGGUUGACGCCGUAGUGUACACAGCCUCGAGUUCAGAGACAGCUGACCGGCUGCUUGCCAUCCUCACCCCCGGACAGACCAUCUUGUAUGAGAAUAGGUCGCGUAGUCCAGAGGAUGUGUCUCUCAGCCGAUGCCUUGGUCUGAAUCCCAGAGACCAGAACGGCUUCCAGGUGACGGAAAUAACUCCUUUCCAGAAAAAUGCUUGUCCACCCAUUGGCUUGAACUCCACAGAGGAAACUCCCCACAACCAUUCCAUCAUAAUCAAUGAACUGAGCAUCAGCAACAGUACCAUUCUAUACCAGUUUGUUGAGCUGAAAGGAGAGCCCGGGGCCAGUUUGAAAGGAUACACACUGAUGUUCUUUUCUGGGCACAAUGAUCAGCCAUACUCCAAGAUCCCGCUUCAAGGCACAUUUGGGAACAACAGUCUGUUCGUUAUCUUGCCAAUUGGAGGAUCCAGGACUGGAAAGCUUCAUGAGCAGCUGGUGAUGCCCUCUCUUUGGAGUGAACCGUCUCCAUCACAGCACAGCCGUAGCGUUGCACUCUUCAGACAUAUACAUGUUCCAAAUGGCACUCUGGCACCGGAUGAGAUUGUAGAAGAUGUGGUCGUCUUCACAAAUGAGCCCCACAUCAGCCAACUUCAUACCAGCUUUCCUAUCUACUUCGUUUCCAGGAAAGCGGAAAGACCUUUGUCCUUGAGCCGCUGUUCUUCCUGCAAAGAGGCCUUUGCUAUCUCUGACCCCACUCCCGGCACAGAGAACGUGUGUCCUCGGGACUCAUUUUCUUUGGAUCUUAGGAUGUGCCUGCUGACAUCCAACUGUUCCUUGUGGCCUCAAAAUGCACACAUCCUGGCUAGCCUCCAAAAAGCCUUAGUAAGAUCAAUGGAAGAGAACUGCCUUUGUGGUGUGUCCCCAUGCUAUAUAAAAGGGCUCAAUUUCACCUGCCGUCAUUCCGUCCUGGAGUUCUCUGGUCAGCUAUGGGCCCGGUCACGAGAACAGCGGGAGCUGCUUCUCCGUUGGUGGUCUCACUUCUCAACCAGUCCCCACCCGUUUACAGUGGAUGGAAGACUCCUCCGAGCAAAAGCAGAAUGCUCACCUACCAGUGAAACAGCACAGAGGUCUGGAGCUUCAUUUCAAGCGUGGGAAGUUGCACUCACUGUUUUGGGCUCUAUUUCGCUUUCAGUGCUGUUAGCUGGUGCAGCAUUUUACUGGAUCAAAAGGCGUCCACAGAAUUACACCACCAUUGAGCUGAACGAUCGCUCUGAAAUUAUGGCAGAAACCUGAUAGUCAAAACCAGGAAACAUGUUUAUUUCUGGAACUAAUGAAGAAUAGCAAAAGCAACUCAGAGAGCUACUCUAGUUGCCUGGCAUUUGCACAGACGACCAAGAAUGUAACAUUUCAAAGUCCUGAGUCUAUUUAUGAUUAUGGCGAUAAUAAUAAUAAUUUUGAUAUUUUCAGAAUGAAAUCUACAUUUUUGUUUCAUUAUAUCUUCUACUUUGAUCCACACUGCUGUUGUGUAUUCAGUGGAAAGCUUCUGAAGGCUAUCUUUGACUGUUAUCCAUCUCCUGUGCAAAGGUGGUGCCUUUGCAAAUAGUGCAGAGAUGGUGGUAAGACACACAGCUCAUCAAAAGGACUCCUAUCAAGUGUGCAAAAGUGUGCAAGAUGCACAGCUCAACAAAAGGACUCCUAUCAAGUGUGCAAAAGAUUCUCCACCCAGUCUCCAGUUUUUAGAAAAGGAGUGGAUAAUCAGUGAUACACAUAGUGAUGGAAAUGACAUUUGCUAGUUUGUAAUUCAGACUGGGUCAUGAAAAGAGAACGCCUACAUUGUAAUGUUGAGUGGGACCAUAAAUGCCAACCUGUUUUUUUGGUAAAACUCUUGCUGUGACUAAGGUGUACAAAACUUAGAAAACUCUAAAAUCAUUGUGCCAUGGGAAGAAGACAUGUCCAAUCCAAGAAAUCCCAGUAUUGUAAGAGUCCACCCUAGGUCUUGAAGUUCUUGAAAGAAGGGGUUUAAAGAAUGGAUCUCCUUGAAAGAAGGGAUUUAAAGAUGGUGCAGAAUUUAUUACAAGAUCUGCACCAUCUUUAAAUCCCUUCUUUCAGGGAGACCAGCAUACUUUUAUGCUUCUUUCAAGGGAUGAACCUAGCAGCAGCUGUACCCUACAAACACUAUCAAAUAAAUAUAUAAACCUGA